AUGCUUGGCUCCUCCGACCUAUACAAACACGUACUCUCAAUAGUGGAGAAAUGCACUCACCUCAACCACCUUAAGCAACUCCAGGCCCAUAUCAUAACCCUUGGUUACAGCCAAACCCAAUUCUAUCAAUUCAAGCUCGUUCGAUUGUGCACCAUCUCUCUCACUAACCUCAACUACGCUCGCUACAUCUUCGACAACCUCAAAUCCCCCAAUGUCUACCUCUACACCGCCAUGAUAACCGCUUACUCAUCUUUGCCCGAUCCCGAGUCAUCCCUUCUCUUAUACCGUGACAUGGUUCGUAAAGGACGCCCCAAACCCAACCAAUUUAUAUACCCGCAUGUUUUGAAGUCUUGUCCUGAAGCGGUAAAGUCUUAUGGGACUGAAUUGGUGCAUGUCCAUAUUGUGAAAACUGGUUUUGGGAAACACCCAAUUGUGCAAACUUCUCUUUUGGACUCGUACUCGAGGUUUUGUUCGAAUGUAAAUGGCGCAAGAGGGUUGUUUGAUGAAAUGUCUGAAAGGAAUGUCGUUUCGUGGACUGCUAUGAUUUCUGGGUAUACAAGAGUUGGCCAAAUAGGCAAUGCCGUAUCGCUUUUUGAGGAAAUGCCAGAGAGAGAUAUUCCUUCUUGGAACGCUGUUAUUGCAGGGUGCACGCAAAAUGGGAUGUUUACUGAGGCAAUUUCACUAUUUAGGAGGAUGGUAGUGGAGGAAGGGGAGGUUUUGGGGAAUAGGCCGAAUCAGGUUACAGUUGUUUGUGCGCUUUCCGCUUGCGGACAUACUGGAACUCUCCAGCUUGGCAGAUGUAUACAUGGUUUUACAUAUAGAUGUGGUCUUAAUCCUGAUUUGUUUAUAUCCAAUGCUUUGGUUGAUAUGUAUGGGAAAUGUGGUACUUUAGUACAAGCAAGAAGGGUUUUUGAUAAGGCUCUGAAGAGAAGCUUGACAUCGUGGAAUUCUAUGAUCAAUUGCUUUGGGCUGCAUGGACAAAGUGAGAGAUCGAUUGGUGUUUUUGAGGAGAUGAUGGAGUGUAAAGAUAAGGUAAGACCAGAUGCAGUUACCUUUAUUGGCUUGUUAAAUGCUUGUACACAUGGGGGUUUGGUUGAACAAGGCCGUGCAUAUUUUGAUAUGAUGAUUACUGAUUACGCAAUUGAGCCACGAAUAGAGCACUAUGGAUGUUUGAUAGAUCUACUUGGUCGAGCAGGUCAAUUUGAAGAAGCCAUGGAAGUUGUGGAGGGAAUGAGGAUCCCACCUGAUGAGGUUGUAUGGGGUUCCCUGCUUAAUGGGUGCAAGAUUCAUGGACAUACAGAUUUGGCAGAAUUUGCGGUGAAGAAGUUGAUUGAGAUUGAUCCAAAUAAUGGUGGUUAUCAGAUUAUGUUGGCAAAUGUAUAUGGGGAGAUAGGGAAGUGGGAUGAAGUACGGAAAGUCAGGAAGAAGUUGACAGAGCAGCAUGCUUCUAAGACACCUGGUUGCAGUUGGAUUGAGGUUGAUAACAAAGUUCACCAAUUUUAUUCUGUGGAUAAAACGCAUCCCAGAACGGAGGAGAUAUACACAGUUUUGGAAUGUCUGAUUUCUGCCAGACCUUGUCUCCAAUUUGGUUCGUGCUGGAGGAGGAUGGUGGGCAGAGUACAGCAAGCCAGCACGUGCCAAGCAACUGUCAAUUAUGGAAUCUCUGAUGGGGACACUGCAUAUUGGCAAAGGCAGUACUUCAGUGACUAUGUCGCAGCCAUUUCUGUGCUGCUGAAGAGGUCAGUCAUAGGCAUGGGCCUGUUGCUCAAGGCCGGUCUUCUUCCUUGUGAUGAUCCAUUCUAUGUGAGAGACAGUGCAAAUGGUAUUAGAAACCCUGUGGGCAGGCCCAUGCUUAUGCACCCAUUCACGGUUCAUUAG